UACUACGAAGUUGAAGAUGCCUGAUCCAGUUAAGGCUCCGAAGAAGGGCUCAAAGAAAGCCGUCUCUAAGAGCGUCUCCAAGACCGGCAAGAAGAAGAGGAAGACCAGGAAGGAGAGCUACGCCAUCUACGUGUACAAGGUCCUGAAGCAGGUCCACCCCGACACCGGCAUCUCGUCCAAGGCCAUGCUGAUCAUGAACUCGUUCGUGAGCGACAUCUUUGAGCGCAUCGCCGGCGAGUCCUCCCGUCUGGCUCACUACAACAAGCGCUCCACCAUCACCUCCAGGGAGAUCCAGACCGCCGUCCGCCUGCUGCUGCCCGGUGAGCUGGCCAAGCACGCCGUGUCUGAAGGCACCAAGGCCGUGACCAAGUACACCAGCUCCAAGUAAAGCCGCUGUUACACCAGCAACACAAAGGCCCUUUUCAGGGCCCCCACUGCUUCAACUCAGAGCUGCCUUCCUCAUGAUUCACUUGAUUAUACAACUACUACGUCUCUCUCAACUCAAAAGGUGUGAAUCACAUCACAAGCUGACCUGCACCUGAGGUCUUCUACACAGAAGACAUUCAUUUCCUCUAUAUUUUGCCUACAUACUCCCUGUAACGCUUGAUUUUCCUAACGUGUCUCCUA